UCCGGUCGCUGAUUGGCUGUCGCGCUGAGGGAGUUCGAACGAAGCGGGAAGCUCUGCCUGAGGAGGUCGGGCCGUCUGAGGGAAUCGGGCGGGCAGACGGGCGGCGGUGGCGGAGCGGUUCGUCCCCGUUUCGUCCAAGAUCCUCGGGUAAGGGCUCGAGGGGAAGAAUCAGCUCCCCCCCCGCACUUCCAGGCCCCGACCACCUCCGUUCGCCGCCCCCCGGGCCGCCCUCCCGCCGCCAUGUCGGUCCGCCCCAUGGCCUACGAGACGCAGUUCUUCGGGUUCACCCCGCAGACAUGCAUGCUGCGCAUCUACCUGGCGUUCCAGGAUUACCUCUUCGAGAUGAUGGUGGUGGUGGAGAGCGUCAUCCUGAAGAAGCUCGAGGCUCUGCCGGCCUGCCAGAUCAGCCGCUUCGAGAUCCGCAAGAGCACGGAGAGCUUCCUGCACUUCAUGAAGGCCCGCUUCGACCAGCUCUUUGGCAAGAUGGAAGAGGUGCUCCUGCAGCUGGUGCUCAGCAUCCCUGAGAACGUGCUGCUCCCCGAGGACAGGGUCCACCAGCAGUACCCCUACAGCCAGGAGGAGUUCCGCGCGCUGCAGGACGAGAUCGCCCAGCUGCAGCAGCAGUUCAGGGCCGAGGCGGCCGCCGGGCAGGCGCUGAGUGCAGAGCUGGAGGAGCAGAAGGCCGUGCAGGCCGAGCUCAAGAAGGUUGUGCAGUGGUUUGAUGGGCUGGAGAACAUCUGCAGGGAGCACGGGACCGGCAACUUCAAAGAGAGCUUGGAGUUCCUGACACAAAACUGUAAGAAGCUGCAGGAUGUGCUGAGAGAUGUUGAAGGGAAGAGCAGAAAAAUAAAGAAACGCGAUCAGUUACUGUAAUGGAAAUCCCCAAAAGGCAACAAAGAACAUUGAGAUGGCUCACUUCAAAUGGCAGAGCUUUAUCUUUCCAGCAGCAUCUCCUCUGGUGCCUUCCCCCUCUGGUCAGGAUCCCCAUCCUGCCAGGAUCCGGACUGAGCGCUGCUGGAGACGACUGUGUCAGUGUGCACCAACUUCACUAAUGCAAGAGUAGGGUCAGGAAAAAGCUUUGGUUGUCUGGGAAACAGAGCUCUGACAGCGGUGCUCGGAAAUGAAUUCUUGGUUGGGUAACCUGGCCUUCAUGUUAACUUUGAACAACUUUAAAAUAAGCAAAGCAUUUCUGUAGGGUUAUAUAAACACGUAAGUGAAGAGGUGGCUCGUGUUUAAGCAAGGAGCUGCUGCUCAGCCAGCUGAUACAGAAGCCACGGGAGGAAAUCAGCAACUCAGUCACUUUCUCCUACUUCAGUUUACUCUGAUUUCUUUUUAUUGUCCAGUGUCUUUUUUUCCUACUAAACAGUGAAGCUCAUUUUAUGAAUACUCAUCAGAGUUUGCUGUACGAAUGCUGUGUGGCUGACUGGUGCGCUUGAGUCAUUUGAAGUCUCUUAAUUAAGCUUUUUCUAUCUGUACCUGAUUCCAAGCAGAUUACUGUCUGUGUGCACCCCUGCGCUGACCUCAGCAGGUUAUAACUCCUGUACAGGCCCAUUUUUGUGAAGUAGUAAUACUAACCGGUUCUUAACUAGCGUGGAUGCUUGAAAAACGUUAGCCAUUGCUGCAAUAAAUGAUGUAUGAAAAGCACCAGG